UUAUUCUCUCUGUUGUUGUUCAUAUUUUGGAUUAUUAGUUAUUUUUACUUGCUGAAAGUAGCUCGGUAUAUUAGUAAAUUCAGUUGAAAAAGUAUAAAUAUCUAGUAAUGAGUUGGGAGGUUUAUGGCGAUAUAGCCUCAUGUGAACCGUCCUUCAAAUCCAAAAUUAUUCUUCCAACUCGGGCAUUCAGAUCUUUUAACCAUAAUGGAAACAGCAGUGAGGAUUCGUCUAACAGUCGUCAACAGAAAUUAACGUCUUGGGAAAUGAAAGUGAAACGGCAGAAUAACUACUCUUGUCCAGACAUGAGGUUGUUGGGUAGAAGCUACGACUCUAUUUCCUUGGACAACAGUGAUCCAGAUUACAUGAAUCCAUCUAUGGAAGAACCUUUUCAUGGACAGCCAAUCUCGUAUAGCAGUGAACAAGAUGAUGAUUUCAUCCGCAGUCUUGAUCUAUCAAUGAGAGAUAAGCAACAGUUCGGUAAAAUGUGUAAAAGCAGUAAGGAAAAAAUGAAGAGGAAAUCGCCACUGAAUAUGCAAAAUCAUGAAUAUAUAUUAAAAAGUGAGCUGUUUCAUAGCCUUUUCUCAAAUAUUCCAGAUUCUGAACGUUUAGUAAUAGAUUACUCGUGUGCCUUACACCAAGAAGUUAUCAUUCGUGGACGACUUUAUGUAUCGCAGAAUUAUUUCUGCUUUUACGGUAACUUGUGGAAUUCUGACACGUUGCUGACCAUUCGAUGUUAUGAUAUCAGCAGUAUGAACAAAGAUAACACAACACCAUCCGGACCUAAUAGCAUCCAGAUUUGUACAGAAGAUCUGGAGUACCAUUUUAGUUCGUUUAGUGCUCGAAACGAAGCCUAUUUCACGUUAUUUAGAGUUUGGCAGAAUGCUCUAGCAGAUCAGCCAAUGUCCUUCCAAGAACUCUGGGAUUGGAUUCACCAAUACGAUGGGCAACAGAUUGGUUUAACAGGCGAAAAUGGUGACGGCAACUCUGUUUCAGAAAAUACUUUUCAAACUAGUGAAUGGAGAUAUUCUAAUGAGAACAUGAAUUAUCUAAGAGAUACGCCAGUAAAACCAGUGGAUGAGGAAGAAUCGGUCAAUCUUACUGUAGAAGAGUCCCGUGACGCAAACAAGUUGUUGAAAACUCGAGUAAAAAAUAAAAUACCACAGAGGGGAGUUUCAACCAAGCGUCGAACACUUGCAUACCCUAAAGACGUCAGCGACUCGACAGAAUCUGACCAAGAUGAUAAUAUACAAGUUACUUGUCCUUGUGAAAAACACGAAGGGAAGGAGGUGUUGAACAGUAUUUUGCACGUAUCGGUUGAUAAGCUGUUUUCUCUCAUUUUUAAUGGCUCCGAAUUUUACCAAGAGUUUCAAAAGAACAGACAAACCAAGGAUAUUUUAGAGACAGAUUGGCAGCCUUGUCAAGAAACGGGCGAAAAAACCAGACAGGUCAAAUACACCGUUGCUCUUAAUAUCUCUUUGGCCAAAUCCGCUCACGUUACCGAGACUCAGACAUUGACGAAAAUCAGUAAAGAAGGCGUGGUGUACGUGGUCACAUGCGAAGUUUCAAACACAGGAGUGCCAUACAGUGACAGUUUUUGUGUUAUGGCUACGUAUUGUUUGAUUCGAAUCACCAAACAGAAAUCUCGACUUAGAAUUCAUGGUUAUGUGCAUUAUAAGAAGUCUUUAUUGGGCAUGAUCAAAGCUAUUAUUGAGAAGACUACCUUCCAGGGUUUUAAGAAUUUCUGUGCAGAUUUAGAACGUGCCUUAACGGAAGUAUCCAGUCAAAAUAAUGAAACUUCUAAGAGGAAGAUGUCAAACCAAAAGCGAAUACGCAGGCAUUCUGAGCCAAAUAUGACGGAAAACCAAGAAGACAGAGCUCAACACGAUUCCGACAAGAACAUAGGGGUCAUCUCCAAAGUUCAGGAAAAUCGGGAAUACUUUCCUUUCGUCGUUAAAUUUAUACUUUACACACUGUUGUUUCUUCUGUUCUUCAAUACCCUGUUGUUCUACAAACUUUGGUGUUUGGAAAGGGAAAAUCUGAAUUUGACAGCAGAAGUCACAGAAUUGCAGCAACCGUUAAAAGAAAGUUUUCAGUACAUUUUAAGAGAAGACUGUGAGAAGUUAGUACAGCAUCAAGAAAUGUUGUACAGCGUGGAAGCCGAGAGUUGGUCAGAAAUACUAAGUGACACACUACAGUUGACUCAGAUCAUUCAAAAGUCCUUGAUAGAGUUACAAAUCUCUGCAGAACACCACCAUAGUGGGAGGAAACAAAGGAUGGUUAAAACAAUGAAAGAACCAAUAAGCAAAGAAUUCGAUAAAGAUAAAUCUCAAGAUUAUUUCACAAAAAUCUCUAUAAAGAAAGAAGAAAAUAUCAACGAAGCAGAGCUGAUACUUUCUGAAGGGCAAUCGGUCUCAAACGAACGUGAAACCCAAGAUUUACAUGUAAAAGAAGAAACCAACACUUAGUGAAAAUUAUGCUAUUAACACUAGUUUCUGAGAGCGUAAUACUUAUCAUGAUUGUAUUCAUUAUAAACUUUAUAAAAGCGCUUUUGAAACUCGGUCGUUGCCGUUUCACUCCAUAUCUUGAAUAUCCUACUUUUAUUUUUACAAAAAUCAAUAUUUCUACAACUAAGUAAUAUUGUUUUAAUAUCCAAAAUAUCAUACAGAAGUUCACUGAGUUAGAAGCAGUCAAUGUUUAUUCGAUGUGUGUAGUAUGUCUUUCUUAUAAUAAAAUCUUCAAUGUUAUAGACUAGAAGUUCAAAAUAUUUCAAACCUCUAAGAGUAGAAUGUAACAACGACAUCGAGGUAGCAUGUGUUACUGCAAAAUUAUGAACAGUGUUUCUGCGAAACUGUUACUCCUAGGUUUAUAUGCUAUUUAAUAUUUUUUCUGUUUGUUGUUCUUCGAUGAUAUUGUUUUUAUAUCAUUAAUAGUUUUAAAAAUGCUUUAAUGGUGAAAAAACAACACAGAUCGUGUUCAAUAAAUAUGUACGUACGAUCACAAUAUUGCUACUUUUCUUGUCUAAAAGGAGAGUUUGUGUUUAUAUUUGAAUAAUUUUUUAAAUAAUGAAAAGUCCCGACUAGUAGAAACACCAUUGAAAGUUGCUGUAAAGUAAAUAAAGCAAAGGAUAAAAACGGUAUUUUUUAAUUUUGAAAUUGAAAACACCUUUUAAAAAGUUAAGAAUAAAAUCUUAUUAAGUGACGUGUUUGAAGGUUUUGGUAUUUGUGAUUUGUAUAAACAAGGGAGAUUUUAAUAUGCCUAUAAACGUAUGUAUGUAUAUACAUGAGCGUUUUAAAUUAUUCUAUUUGAAGAAACUAUUGAAAUUAUAUUUUAAAUCUUUAUGUAGACAGUCUUUUAAGACUGCUUAAAUUGGUAAAUUUUCAUUGCCUUUUUAAAAUUAGUACAUAUGUCAAUACAAAAACAAACGAUAGAUUUUAUCUAAAGACUUAGCUCAGUUACAAGAGCUCAAGAAAUAGUUAUUAUUAGCUUUUUUCUGCUCUUUAUAAUGACUGUGAAUUAUGUAUUACAUUACAGCUCUCCUUUUUCAUUUCUAUUCGUUGAUUUUUAAUAUCUUUAUCAGUGUUGUCCUGCUCAAGUUUAGAACUUACAAUUAAAAGAAUACAAUUAAUUUGAUUUGAUUUGACACUCUUAUGCAAUAGAUAAAAUGUUUAAGUUCAAAGAUAUUCUCUAAAUAUUUUUUCCCAAAUUUGAAAGUUUAAAAAUUCUGAUAAACUAACAAAUUAUCGGUAAUGCUCUUAUUAAAGUUUAUGGUUAUUAAGUUUUAUUUCACAUUUUAUCCAUAACCUAUACAUAACUAUGUGGAAGUUUAAGAAGUAAAUUAAUAUAUUUCGCACAAAGUAAAAUAUAACAUUAUAAUGAUAAGUUGGAAUCAUCUUUCUAUGUAUUUUUAAUUUAAUACUUUUCACAAAUCUAAUGAACAUUUUCAGGAUAAAGAUGAGAAUGACUAUUUUAAACCACACACAUUUUGCAAAACGGAAAAAUUAAGGAUUAUUGUAAAAAUGCUAAUUAUAUUUUUCUGUGGCCAAUAUACGUAAAAGUAACGAGAAAAAGAUUCAAUUCAAUUUUUAUUAACUUAUUUUAUUGUUGUAUGUAAACAAAAAUACCACUCAAUGGUAUAAAGUAUUAUGUAAAAUUGUAAAACGGAGAUUUCAAAAAUAAAAUUAGUGUUA